AUGACUCCACUGGGUGCCACACCCCAGGACCUCCCAGCUGCCUCCUCCUUGUCUGCUGGGCUGUCUGUCAUCAGGGGCUUCCCGGGUGGAGCAAGUAGUGGGGUCGUGGGCCGGGAGCUGCUCAACUUCCAAACACGUGCCACCAGCAGGCCCCUGCGAACCUUGUACUUCAGGACUUUGUGCCAUCCCACCAGCCCUUCUGCUUCAGUGAUCCCAAAAACCACACCGCAGGCAACAUCAGUCCCAUCUGCACCCUACAGCCCGCUGCAACCUGAGGUGACAGCACUCACCAGGCCUGUGGCCACAACACCUGCUGGAAGACCUGUGACAAACCUCACCUCAAGCCCAAAUGACUCACAGCCAGGUGUCGCCACUACCCACCCACAAAUGCCAUGGCACAGCACGUUUCAUGAGACCCCGGGUAAGCCAGUAGAGAACUUCAGUAGAGCUAGUCCUGCUUCGCAAGCUCACAGCGACCUGGAGAAAGCCUGUGAGGUCCUCCAGAAACUGAGGGACUUCAGCCCAAGGUUUCCUACACCAGCUCAGGUCAGUGUGAUCAGCUUGCUCAUUGACCUGAGGGACAAGUUGCUGAGGCUCCUAUUUCAGAACAAGAGCCAGGUGGGCUUCAAGACUCCUGCAGCUGUUUGCCUCUUUCAUUCCCUCAGCAGUGGGAUCAAGGAUGAGAAAGAAAGAGAGCAGGACACCAAGCAGGACACUGGGCAGACCACUGAGCAGGACACCGAGCAGGUGGAAGACCUGCUGGAGUUGGCCUUGCUGGCCCUCGGAAAGAUCCAGGAAGCGUUUCUGCAGCAGAACCCACAUUCUGAGUCUUCGGUGACUUUGACCUCCUCCAUUGCUGCUCUGAUGUUAAGCAGCCAAAACAUGUCAACUUUGCCUCUGAGUUCUUACACUCUGGGUGACCCUGCACCCAUGAGGUUAGGUUUCCCAUCAGCUUCAGCCUUGGAAGCACUCUUGAACAAGCACCCAGGAGUGAAGGUCCACGUAACAGGCCUGGCUUUCAAUCCCUUCAAGACUUCUGACAGCAGGCACAUCAUUGGGAGCAUUGGGAAUGUGUUGCUAAGCUCUGAUCAGGAGUUGCUCCAAGUCCACGAUUUAGUGGAAGAUAUAGAGAUCACGCUCUGGAGGAACUCCAGUGUAGACAUCCAUCCCACCAUCUUCAACACGAGUAUGAACCGUUUCACAAUCACAGUGAACAUCACAUCCUUGGAGAAAUCCCUGAUCGUGACCAUUGAGCCUGAAAGUCCCCUUCUAAUGACACUCUACCUGGGCUUCCAGGACCAGCCAGGCCACACUCACUUCCACCUGAACAUUACUCUUCCAAAGGGUCAAUUGUGUCACAAAGAUGAGGAGUACACUUGGGUGCUGACUCCAGAGAGUCUGCAGUACGGGAUCGGUACCUACUACAUCACAGCCGUGUUGAGUAAAAGCACAGACAAUGCCCAGCCCAUGCCCACCCUGGUCUCCGUGCUAACUGCUGUCACCCAGUGUUAUUUCUGGGACAAACACAACAGGACAUGGAAGAGUAAUGGAUGCCAGGUUGGGCAGCAGAGCACAGUUCUGAGGACCCAGUGCCUCUGUAACCACCUCACCUUCUUUGCCAGCGAUUUCUUUGUUGUGCCCAGAACAGUGGACAUUGAAGACACAGUCGAAUUGUUCCUUCAUGUGACCAAAAACCCUGUUGGGGUGUCACUGCUGGCCAGUGUUCUAGGGUUCUAUAUGAUCUUGGUUGUGUGGGCAUGGAGGAAGGAUCAAGCGGAUACACAGAAGGUGAAGGUCACUGUCCUGGCUGAUAAUGACCCCAGCUCUCAAUUUCACUACCUUAUUCAGGUCUUCACUGGGUAUCGAAGGAGCGCUGCCACAACAGCUAAGGUCGCUAUCACCCUCUAUGGAUCAGAGGGACGAAGUGAGCCUCAUCACCUUUGUGACGCACAGAAGACGGUCUUUGAACGCGGGGCACUGGAUGUCUUCCUUCUCAGCACUGCGUCCUCGCUGGGGGAACUGCACAGCCUGCGGCUGUGGCAUGACAAUUCUGGCAGCAGCCCUUCUUGGUAUGUCAGCCAGGUGAUUGUCAGUGACAUGGCUGCUAAGAGGAAAUGGCAUUUCUUGUGCAAUUGCUGGUUGGCUGUGGACCUAGGAGACUUCGAGCGUGAUCAAGUUUUCAUGCCAGCCUCAAGGAGAGAGCUCUUUUCCUUUAGAAACGUGUUCUUCUCCAUGAUUGUGGAAAAGUUCACCCAGGACUAUCUGUGGCUCUCCGUUUUAACUCGACAUCCCUGGAACCAGUUUACAAGAGUCCAGCGGCUCACUUGCUGUGUGACGCUACUUCUCUGUGACAUGCUUAUUAAUGUUAUGUUCUGGAAGAUGAGCAGCACCACUGCCAAGAGGAACGAGCAAGUGGGCCCCUUUGUUGUGACCCGGUCAGAAGUGUUCAUCAGCCUCCAGACUGCUGUCAUCCUUCUCCCUGUCCAUCUUCUCAUUGGGCGGCUGUUCCUGUUGAUUCAACCACAGAAAACUCUGCCCCUGCUCCCUCCCACCCCGACCUCCCGCCCCUCAGGUGCUGCUCAUGAGCCCCUCUCUCACACAAAGGUAGUUGAGGAAUUAAAGGAAACAGUGGGAUUCCUGCUCAGAAGAAACACAUGCCUAAUUUCAGAGUGUGAACAAUCUUUAUGGAGUUCUUGUGACACUAACAAGCUGGUGAAGCUUUUAUCCAGCCUCAUUUAUUCUCAAUUAGAGGAUCAAGGCUGUUACCAACAGGCAGAAUACCACCAGGCAAAUGUGGUUUUGGAAAACCACCAUCAUUUCUACUGCUACCUACUCAGAGUUCUGCAGAGGCUGAGAUCUCACUUAGAUCUCGCCCGGGUUCACCAGCCUUGUGACUUCCUAGAAGCAGCUCACCAACUUCAAAAACUCCAGGAACUCCUGGAGACACAGAUUCUUUCCAUGGAGCAAGGGCCAGCAAGGGAGGCAACCAGUUUCCCCAUUCUGAACCCAGGAGAGGAGAAGCCCACCUCUGUUUGUUUGCCCAAAUUGCUGAUAUGUAUCUGCUGGCUCCUUGUAGGUAUCACUAGUCUGGCCUCAGCUUUUUUUACAGCACUUUAUAGCUUGGAAUUGAACAAAGACCAAGCCACCAGCUGGGCUGUUUCAAUGAUAUUAUCAGUGCUUCAAGACAUCUUCAUCGGCCAGCCAGUAAAGGUGAUCUUCUUCACGUUGUUAUUCUCACUGGUAGUGACCAGGAUGCCCUGGCUUAACAAAGAAAAUGAACAACAAACCAAGAGGAUCUUGGCACUUUGGGCAAAGUGCUCACCAUCAUCACCUGGCUCAAGAGAUAAGAAUAACCCGAUCUACACAGCCCCCACUAUGGAUAGUUCAGCCAAAGGACCAAGGAGAACCUGGAAAAAAAAGAAACUCUUCAAGCUGACUGCUGAUAUUUUGGUGCAAGUCCUCUUCCUAAUCCUGCUGAUGACUUCAGUCUACUCCUCAAAGAACUCUAAUAGGUAUUUCCUCCAUCAAGCUAUCUUGAAGAGUUUUUCUCAUCGUUUUUCAGAAAUCAAACUUCUUAAGGAUUUCUACCCCUGGGCCAAUCACACCCUCCUUCCUAACCUGUAUGGAGAUUACAGAGGAUUUAUUACUGAUGGGAAUUCCUUUCUUUUGGGCAAUGUUCUGCUUCGUCAGAUUCGCCAUCUGCCUAAUGCCAUAUUCCCAGUAUCUCUCCAAGAACGAGUGAAGCCAUCUGGCCAAAACCAGGAGGACAGAAAGAACUACGGGGUCGGCUGGGGUCCCCCUGAUCCAAACAUCACAAAAGCAGACAGCAUUUGGCAUUAUCAGAAUCAGGAGUCACUGGGUGGCUCUCCCAUCCGAGGGGAGUUUGCCACUUACUCAGGAGGAGGCUAUGCUGCGAGACUUGGAAGAAACUCCAGCACUGCGACCAGAGUUCUACAGCAUCUUCAUCAGACACACUGGCUAGACCGAUGCACAAAAGGCCUCUUUGUCGAAUUUGUGGUCUUCAAUGCUAACGUUAACCUGUUCUGUGUUGUGACCCUGAUUUUGGAAUCCAACAGUGUGGGUGCUUUCUUCACCUCUGUAAGACUGGACAGUUUGAAUUCCCUUCAGACAUCAGGGAAGGGCCUUGCCUGGCCCACUGCCUCACAAGUCACCCAGUGUCUACUAAUCUGCUGCUAUACCUUCAUACAGGGCUGUCGGAUCAAACAGGAGAGGUGGAGGUUCCUCACUAGGAAAAAGAACAUUCUGGACACCAGCAUCCUCCUCCUUAGCUUCAGCAUCUUGGGGCUUGACCUGAGGCGCAGGUCUCUACAUGAGGAGAACUUGGCACAAUACCGCCGUGACCACGAAAGAUUCAUCAGCUUCUAUGAGGCAAUAAAUGUAAACUCUGCUGUCACUCACCUUGUGGGCUUCCUGGUUCUGUUGGCAACUGUUCAGCUAUGGGACCUGCUGCAACAUAACCCCAGGUUGCAAGUCAUCAGCAAAACCCUGAGCAAAGACUGGGAUGAGGUGGUGGGCUUUCUGCUGAUCAUCCUUGUCCUGCUGAGCGGAUACGCAAUGACUUUUAAUGUGCUGUUUGGAUGGAGCAUCUCUGACUACCGAACUUUCUGCAGCUCUACCGUGGCUGUUGUUGGCCUCCUAAUGGGAAUUUCUCCUCACAAGGAGGUUAUUGCUUUAUACCCAGUCCUGGGCUCCUUUCUGAUCAUCACCAAUGUCAUCUUGAUGGUACUUGUGAUCAUUAAUCUUUUUGUUUCUGCCAUUCUCAUUGCCUUUGGAAAAGAAAGAAAGUCUCUUCAGAAAGAAGCUACACUGACAGAUAUGCUGCUACAGAAGCUUUCAAAUCUGUUAGGAAUCAGACAGCACCAGAACCCCUCAUCUGAAAAGAAGUCCUGACAACAAUGGGUACUGACUGAAAUCUUAGA